ACAACCCGUAGGCCGUGCACCAAAGUUAUCACUUAAACUACUCCCAGCCUCCAUGCAGACUUUGUCAUCAAAAACUAACAGUGCUUUUAGGAAAACGCUGCAAAGAAUGAAGUAACCUUUGCCCACUUGAGAUUUAAGGAACACCCUCCUCCCUCUGUUCGCACACAGUGUACCUUUUUCGCAGCAGUCCUAUUUCGCUCAUCCUCCCCACCGUGCGACAUCAGAAGUAAGUGUGUUUUACCGUUUUGGGGGGUUUCGUUUUCAGAGAUUCGUCCGUUUGGAUGAGUAUAGGCCUAUUUGUCCUUUUUUUAAAAAAAAUCUGAGCGGACUGCACUUGUUUUUUCAGCGUCAAAACAAUUACCACAAACAAGUCUCGACUUAGUUUAGCCGAUGAAAUAUUGGCCUUGUUUUGCCUGCUACUUUUAACUGUAGAAUGCAGUCGUCUUUGCCAGGAACAGUACCUCGAAUGAUGCGACCAGCGCCUGGACAAAACUAUCCCCGCACGGGCUUCCCUUUGGAAGUGUCAACUCCCCUGGGUCAAGGUCGGGUGAACCAACUCGGUGGAGUGUUCAUCAACGGAAGACCACUGCCAAAUCAUAUCCGACACAAGAUUGUGGAGAUGGCCCACCACGGUAUCCGUCCCUGCGUGAUCUCUCGACAGCUACGAGUUUCCCACGGUUGCGUGUCCAAAAUUCUUUGUCGGUAUCAAGAAACAGGAUCGAUCCGACCCGGGGCAAUAGGAGGAAGCAAACCCAGACAGGUAGCAACGCCUGAUGUGGAGAAACGGAUUGAGGAGUACAAGCGCGAGAACCCCGGCAUGUUCAGCUGGGAGAUCCGAGACAAGCUGCUGAAGGACGGGGUGUGUGACAGAAGCACAGUUCCUUCAGGUGAGGCCUCAUCUGUGAGUUCCAUUAGUCGUGUUCUGAGAGCUCGAUUUGGGAAGAAAGAUGAUGAAGAAGAUUGUGAUAAAAAAGAUGAAGAUGGAGAGAAGAAAACCAAACACAGCAUCGAUGGCAUUCUUGGCGAUAAAGGUAGCCGUAUGGACGAAGGCUCAGAUGUGGAGUCGGAGCCAGACCUUCCCCUGAAGAGGAAGCAGAGGCGCAGUCGCACCACUUUCACGGCCGAACAGCUGGAGGAGCUGGAGAAGGCCUUUGAGAGGACACACUACCCUGACAUCUACACCAGAGAAGAGCUGGCCCAGAGGACUAAGCUCACAGAGGCCCGUGUACAGGUGUGGUUCAGCAACCGACGGGCCAGGUGGCGUAAGCAAGCGGGAGCCAAUCAGCUGGCGGCGUUCAAUCACCUGUUGCCGGGCGGAUUCCCAGGCAGCGGCAUGCCCACGCUACCCACCUACCAGCUCCAAGAUUCCGGCUACCCCACAACCACGCUAUCACAAGACGGUAGUGGCACGGUUCACCGCCCCCAGCCAUUACCACCGUCCACCAUGCACCAGGGAGGGCUGUCGGGCGGGGACAGCGGCUCGGCAUACGGCCUGUCGUCCAACCGCCAUGGCUUCUCCAGCUACUCUGACUCCUUCAUGAGCCCCUCGGCAUCCAGUAACCACAUGAACCCCGUCAGCAACGGCCUCUCCCCACAGGUGAUGAGCAUCCUGAGUAACCCCAGCGGCGUGCCCUCCCAGUCCCAGCAUGACUUCUCCAUCUCGCCCCUCCACGGCAGCCUGGAGUCCUCCAACUCCAUCUCGGCCAGCUGCAGCCAGCGCUCCUCAGACCAGUCCAUCAAGACGGUGGACAGCAUGGCCUCCUCCCAGUCCUACUGCCCACCCACCUACAGCACCACCAGCUACAGCGUGGACCCUGUUACCGCAGGCUACCAGUACAGCCAAUACGGACAGACUGCUGUGGACUACCUGGCGAAGAACGUGAGCCUGUCCAGCCAGCGGAGGAUGAAGCUGGGAGACCACUCAGCUGUCCUGGGACUGCUCCAGGUGGAGACGGGACAGGCCUACUAGAUGAGUCGCACUCUACAGUCCCUCGUCUCCCCCACACUAGCCCCUUGACCUGCCACCAGCGCCUCUCUCUCACCCCUAUCUCUCACCGCCACCUCCAUCACCAACGGGAGAGCCACAAGUGUGUGUGUGUGUGUGUGUGUGUGUGCAGACGUGUUUCUGUUUUUGUGUGUGUUUGUGGGAGAGAGACAAGACAGAAGAUGAAAGCACUUGUAGUCUCGAGGAGAGAAAUGGACUGAAAUUGAAGCAGCCAUUCCAGGAGGAGGAGGGAGGGGAGUUGUAGCUACAGUCUCUUCCCACUGUUCCACCAUUCCACAAUUCCUCCUCUCAUCCCCAACCAAGAGACCCUCACAGGGUUAUGGAGAGCUAGAGGGGAAUGAGCUCCUACUGUCUUGGGCCCGUAUCGAAAUGGCCUGCCCGCCCGACGCUACCAAACGUUAGCACAUACAGGCCAAACAAGUGUAGCUUAUCUUUCAUUCCCAGGUUUUUGGACCAUUUCAUUUGUUACGGUACUUAGCUACUGGUGUUAUAAUUCUAUUUGUCAUUAUAACUGUGGCUGUUCUUAUUGCUGUUCAAAAUUAUAAUUAUUGUUACAAUGUUGUUUACUUUCCAUUUUGUCAAAGAUUUAAUUGGUGUUCGCUGGUAUUAUUUGAACAGAUGAUUUAGAGGAGCUUACAAAGAAAGAAGGGAGGGGGAGAAAGAGAGAAAGAGAGGGAGGAGGUUGAGAAGGUCUGAUAGCAGCUUGCUACUGUAGUCUCUCAUGUCAUGGAUUUGACCUUCCCACUCUAAUCUCGUGCCCGACAUUUCUAAAGGAACUUAAAGGCUACUCUGUGGGACGUCGAGCUCCUCAGAAUCAUCUGGGAAUGAUCGGCCAAUGGGAAACUCCCAAUUCCAGAGGUCCGCUUCACCCAGCCUCCCCCAGGCAUUGAUUGGCCACAGGGACCAGAGGAUUGUUUUGAGGGGAAGAAAAUGUUCAAUGUUCAAGGACAUCCAUGUGUUUUGCUAACGCUAGGUCAAUCAUUACUUGCCAUUGCCAUUUCGAGGUUGUUUGGAGGUCUUUUCAUGGGUAGUGGCGGUUUUAGUGUGUCAUACUUAAUGUAUGUGUGUCUUACAAAAUUAUGACCAAUAUAUUUGCAUUAUUUCUCUCUAAAACAAGAGUGGUGCAGUAUUCCAAAAUCACAAAGUACUUGAACUAUGGAAUUUUAUUGUAUUUUUUUAUUUUACAUUAUUUCGUUGAAAACCAUUCCAAGAUAUGACAAUUUUAAUUGAAUAUUUGUGCCAUACAAUCUGUUUUCUUAACUGUAUCUCAUAUAUUAUGCAUCACAGGAAAUGACUCUAAGCUCUUAAAAGGUGUAGUAUUCACAUCAGUCUGAUAGAAUAUGAAAUAGCCCCCUAUAAAUAACAGAUGUAAAAUAACAAAGUCCAUAAAACGUAAAUAUGAAAACUGUAGAAUCUGAGCGUAUUGGAUCCAACCGUAUUUUGGUUAAGUAAAAAAAAACCCAGUGAAUAUUACAUUCACAAUCUGAUUGUGUAUGUGUUGUUUAUAUGAAAACAUAUGGUUUGUACUAAAACAUAACGAUGAUGAUGAGGUUGAUGGGGAUGAUGGUUGAGUGAAUGCUGCAUCUCUUGAAGUCUUACAAUGUAUAUUUGUGUUACAUUCCUGAAUAUUUGUUUGUUUCAUUUGCUCCUUUUACUAUGUUGUAUCGAUGUAAAAAAAAAAAAAGAAGAAAAAAAAGAUUGUAUUUUAGCUUUUGCUCUUAAAAAUGAUUGAU